AUGUCAAAGACGAAUGUCGCUGUGGAAUGUCAAGCCGACGAUGGUCACCCAGGUUCCAUGAUCACCAAGAAGAAUUGUGACGACGAACGACAAAAGAAGGUCAGGUUUUUCUUCAACAGCGACAAUAUGGAUGAGGAUGGAUCAAGGAAUAGCAACGUCUCAAAGUUCUCACUGAAGGCUAUGCGAGAUGAAGUGUCUUCCAAGCUCAAGUUUUCAUCCAACGAACGAGAUGCACCUCCAACCAUUCUGGAAGAGACAGGAUUCGAACUGCUUCCAAACUGUGACGACAACGGGAACUCGUCGAUUACUAUUGCACGGGCCGAGAAUGAUUUUUUGAAUCGUAUUCCUCCGCUUCGGACACGUAAGGCCAAGAUGAGGCGAAUGUUCAAGAGAAACAGCAAGAUGGAGGUGAUCAGUACCAUCUGUGAACGUGACGACGGGAGUACCAUAUCGGAUAAUGCCUCGUACUCCACGCUAGAGGUGAACGAAGUCUGCCGUAAGAUCCCAUCUACAGCACGGAGGAUAAAAGAUGAGGCUCACUACCAGCCGAACCCCAUAGAUUCAAAGGACAUUGACGACAAUCAGUGGAAAGAACUCUUUGUAGCAACAGAAAAAAUGGUAAAUUACUUCCUCGGACAGCAAAUGGAAGAGGAGGCAAAAGAACUGGUACGCCCAAUCGGAAUGGAACCGAUAGUACAUGAAGUACCAAAAGAGCCGCAACAGCAAGACGACAGAUGGCGUGAUGUGGCGCGACGGCGGUCAUACAAGACGAUUAGGACGCUAAAGAUCAAGGCCAAGGAACUUCCCAUGAAGGUGAAGUGGACACCAAUGCCCAAGCCGAUCCUGAAAACAAAGUCACUACAAAAACUGAUACCACGAAGAGAAUCGUUCAUUCUUUAUCAAUCCAGGCCAACAAGCGAAAUUGAAUUUGAGUCUCCAGUAAGAACCACCGCCAAUGUUUUUCAACCUUCAGUCGACAAAUAUGAUACCCCCGAAGAGUCCAACUCGCUGGACGAAGAGGUUGCGAUGGCUAUUGAGACUUUCCGUGUCCACGCAAAACGACUAGGAGUGAAUGAAAUGGAGUUGAUGAAUGCCGUACAACAUGAUGAACGAAGCCAACGGCCCGGAUUCAUUGCUGCCGAUCAUGACACUCCUGACGACGGCACCAUCAUCACUUAUGGCACGACUCGUCAGCACAAUGCUGAUGGGGAAAUAGAUGAGGACGAGAACACAGUAUAUACGCGUUCUACACUCGAAACCUAUGCUCCAACUGUUGCCGACACAGAGUAUUCCCCUUAUACAUUGCGCGAAAGCGAUGAAAACCUCUUCAUGGUCAGUCUUCUGGACGUCUUUGACUACUUUUUUGUUCCAUAUCCAUAA